ACAAUAUGUCAAAUACUAGCUUUAGAGUCGCAUGUGACGUCAGGACACAAGCGAUGAGCGAGAUUCGUGCAUUAGAAAUGGCAUCAUCCACGGUGGCAGCUGCCACAAUACGAGCCGUGAAAGGAAGAAAGAUUCUUCCAACUCGCGCUGCGCUUACUUUGACUCCCAAUGCUGUCAAUAAGAUUAAAGAUAUUUUGAAAGACAAGAAUGAAUAUAUUGGUCUUAAGGUUGGAGUACGGCAGCGUGGAUGUAAUGGUUUGAGUUACACUAUGGAAUAUGCGAAAGAAAAAUCCAAACUUGACGAGGAAGUAAUUCAAGAUGGUGUUCAUAUAUUUAUCGAUAGAAAGGCACAGCUGUCUCUUCUUGGAACAGAAAUGGAUUAUAUCGAGAACAAAUUAAGUUCCGAAUUUGUAUUCAAUAAUCCAAAUAUUAAAGGGACAUGUGGAUGUGGAGAAAGUUUCUCAGUGUAGUGUAAUUAUGUGAAAUUGUAAUAAUAUUGUGAAAUUUAUUACUAUAGUUGAUAUGUAAUUAUAAUCUGUUUAGUUAAAUUAUGAACUUUAGAAUACUCUGUAUUAUAUGACAUUAUAAAUUCGUCUUUCAUCAAAAGACAAAGUUUUGACAAUGCAAAAUAGGAAUUUGUAACAAAAUUGUUAUAAGUUACUUUAUCAUUUGUUGCAAAUUUUGUAUAUAUACCACCCAUAUACUUAUCACACUUUUCCAUAAUUAAAAAUAAAUAUUUAAUUAAUA